ACUGUUCAUUACAGACUCUUCAGCUUUUCCACUUUGCCGAAAGCCUAUUCAGAUUCCCCAAGUUGUGAUUAUAUAUUCAAUCUAUUCUUCACUUUGUUCUACUUCCCUAAAUCAUUCGUUUCUCCAACCAAUUUGUGUAGCGACAAAACCUAAUUUUGUAAUCCUUAACCGUCGCGUAUCAGCUCACGCAAGAUGAACCGUGGCAGAGGCAACAACCGCCGCGACGGAGGAAAUCUCGGCGGAGGUGGUGGUGGUAGACAGCACUAUGCCGCCAAAGGGCGAUCGGCGCAACCGACGGGUCAAUGGGUGGCUCGUGGCGUGGGCGGAGCUGGAGGUCUUCUCGAUGAAGCUUCUUCCGGUAGUGGAUCUUCCGAGAUUGUGAGAAAUACAGAAACAGCAUCUGUUGCUGAUGUAAGGAAGAAGUUUGGUGAUGUGUUGUUGUCUUCAGCAUGUCCAAGUGAACCUAGCUCUGAAUCUCAUGGAUCUCUUAACUUGCCACCAAAAGAUGGGUAUUUAAAGGGAGUGCAAAGUGUUCCUAAAACAGAACCAAUUGUUCCAUGUUACAACAAUAACUUUCCUUCGUCACCAACAGACUCUAAGCUGAGUGAGAGCAGUAUGAGUAUUAAAUCAAGGGAUCGGAAUUUAAAAAAUUGCAGUCCAUCACGCUACAUCUCCACGUCUCCUGAGACAGUUGGUUGUCAAAUCUCUCCUGAGGUUCAAAGUGGGAAGAAGACAACUUCUGAGGGAGCUAGUGGGGAAACUAAAUUUGGUAGCUCUGUUUCGCAGCACGAUGGAUUUUCUUUUGAUAUCUGUGAGGAGAGGAGUAGUGGUGUGAAGCUGAAAACCCCACUGCACAAAAUAAAUAAAGCCAAGAGGAAAGCAGAACUCCGAAUGCAAGGAGACAAUAUAAAGGUUUUUAGGCCUGGCAUGAUUCUUCUGAAGGGUUAUUUUUCUUUAGAUGAUCAGGUCAAAAUGGUCAAGUCAUGCCGAGAUCUUGGUAGGGGUCCUGGAGGCUUUUACCAGCCUGGUUUUCGUGAUGGAGAAAAGUUACACUUGAAGAUGAUGUGCCUUGGUAAAAAUUGGGAUCCUGAGAAAAGUGCAUAUGGUGAUCUGAGGCCUGGUGAUCAAACCAAACCUCCCCCAAUUCCCGAUGAGUUUCAGUUGUUGGUCAAAGGAGCAAUCGAGAAGUGCCAUCAGUAUUUAGAGUCACAUAAUAAGGUGCUGAAAGCAAGAAAUAUUCUUCCUCCAAUGACUCCAAACAUAUGCAUCAUCAAUUUUUACACAAAGACGGGCAAGCUUGGUCUUCAUAAGGACAAAGAUGAAAGUUCGAAAAGUUUACUGGAUGGACUUCCAGUAGUUUCUUUCUCUCUUGGGGACACAGCUGAAUUUCUGUUUGGGGACGAGAAGGAUGUCGACAAGGCUGAUAAAGUUGAACUGGAAUCAGGGGAUGUGUUGAUUUUUGGUGGCAAAUCUAGGCACAUUUUCCAUGGAGUUAGUAACAUUUUAGCGGACACUGCUCCGAGAUAUCUUAUGGAUGAAACGCAUCUAAAACCCGGUCGUUUGAAUCUCACAUUCAGAGAGUACUGAUGUGUACAUUCAGAAGGAUCAAACACUCACGCACAAGUUGGCUGGCAUUGUGACUUUAAGGCUACACAACUCUGGGGCGUAUGCACUGAAAGAGAAGGAAUAAAUAUUCGAGAUUUGUAUUUGUCGAUUUGAUCACCUUCUCUAAAAGCAGGAUGCCACAAAAAACAUCAACUCGUACUUCUGGGAUUAACGGGUACGUCUUCACAGUCGCCUGCUAGAGUGACAUUGCUAUUCAGUUCUUGAGAAGAAGCCUGUCCUGUGACAUUGCAAGUGAGAGAAAGAGUGAUGAGAAGAGGGUGAGAUUUUUCAGUCUGUUUAGGACUCGUUUGAAUGUGUUAUUUGCCUUUGGCUUUUUGCUUACUUGUACGCUCUAUUACCCUUUACAGUUUACAUGCUUAAAUUAA